AUGGCGGGGGUCCUGGCUUUGCUCCUGGCGCUGCUCCAGGCCUCCCUGGCGGAGGGGGCCGCCAUCCUCAUCGACGCGGCGGUGCCGAGUAAGGGCGGCCCCCGGGUUGUGUGGGUGCUUCGGUGGGUGGACGGGGGGCGCCACCUCCGGCCCCAGCCCUACCGCGGCAGGGGCCCGCCUCCCCUCAGGCAGACAGGCCACGGGGCAGCCGCCUCCCCUCAGGCCGCCGCCGCCUCCCCUCAGGCCGGCCGGCUGCCUUCUCGCUUCCCCGUGGCGGCUUCCCCCGCGGCUCCGGUGAUACCCGCUACCUCCCGGCCUCUCCCGGGGGGUUCGAGUGCGUCCCCGCCAAUAGAAUAUGGACAAUGCACAGUUACAUGUGGGAUUGGCAUUCGAGAAGUUCUGUUAACUGAUGGAUGCCCUGAUCAUGAAACAAAAUGUAUCGUCGGUGUGGAGUCAUGCCAGGGGCCAGUAGACUGUGGCUGGGGAACACCAAUUUCUGAGGGCCUUGACUGCAUGAAGAUAACUUGUAUUUUUAUGCCUCCAGAAAAUCGAUUUAAAUAUGUUUGGAAGAUGUUAAUUCCAAACAAGGAAGCACACAUUCUUCCCAAUGAUUCAGCUGUUCUGAGAGUUUGCAGAGAUACCCAUUCGGGUACUUUCGAGUGUGAAACUCAAGAACAGGGAAGUGCGGUUGCGUCUAUAAAAUACACAGUCUACACAGAAGCUGAAGUGCAAACAGAACAAUCAAAGAAAAAGCAAACAGAGCAACCAAAUACAAUGACAGGGCCAGAGAAAUCAAUGAAAAAAACAACAGAUUACAUUUUGAUCAUUAGCCUAGUAGCUGGAAUCGUCCUGCUUCCUUGUGUGAUCAUUUCCAUGAUCUUCAUGAUUCGUUACCGGGAUGCUGUAAAAUCUUUUCUGAAAUCAAAAUUUGGGCGAGACAACCAAGAGAAGAAGCCAAAGGACGAAACCCCACCACCUAAUGUGGAGUAAAUAGCCCCCCUCCCAGGGUUCGCAUUGGCUUUUCAAGACAGUGGAGUCUCCUCCUGCAGCCACAAUCCUCUCACCAUUUGCAUUGGCCAUAACAUAAGCAGUGGCAGAGCCCUCACCCACAGAGGGUGAAGGACUUGCCUAAUUAACAGAAUUAGAAAGAAAAAAAAAGUUGUAUUACAUAGGAAUAUGAUAUAAAGAAGAUUAAAGUAUGUUAGAAAUACUGGUUUUAAGAAGUACUUUUUACAAUUCAUUUGCUGUCUUGGGUUACUGGACUUUAAGUGAAAAGGGUAAAAAUGCAUCUGUAUUCAGGUUGAUGUUAUUCCCCAGCUAGUUUAAUAGUGUGAGCACCUCUGAACUGGAGAACCAAAGCCAGAUUUUUGUGGUGGUGUUGAAAAUGAUAUAUUUAACAUGUCUAACUUGUGAAGAUGUUAAUCUAGACUCGAUGAAACUAGGUGUAGAGUCUAGGCAGAGACCAUUUUUUGUAAAGGCCUCCUUAUCUGCUUGA